CCGCCGGCCCGGGCCGCCCCCACCGGGCCCGAGCGCGGCCCCUUCCCCGUGCACGAGUGCGUGUUCAAGGGGGACGUGCGGCGGCUCUCGGCGCUCAUCCGCACCCAGGGCAUCGCCCAGAAGGACAGUCACGGAAAUACUCCUUUACAUCUUGCUGUGAUGUUGGGACAUAAAGAAUGUGCCCACCUGCUUUUAGCCCAUAAUGCUCCAGUAAAGGUGAAAAACGCUCAGGGAUGGAGCCCUCUGGCCGAAGCCAUCAGCUAUGGAGACAGACAGAUGAUUUCAGCACUUCUGAGGAAGCUCAAGCAGCAAUCCAGGGAAAGUGUUGAAGAGAAGCGACCUCGGUUAUUAAAAGCCCUGAAAGAGCUAGGUGACUUCUAUCUAGAGCUUCACUGGGAUUUUCAAAGUUGGGUGCCUUUACUUUCCCGAAUUCUGCCUUCUGAUGCAUGUAAAAUACACAAACAAGGUAUAAAUAUCAGGCUGGACACAACUCUGAUAGACUUUACUGACAUGAAGUGCCAACGAGGGGAUUUAAGCUUCAUUUUUAACGGUGACGCCGCACCCUCCGAAUCUUUUGUAGUUUUAGACAAUGAGCAAAAAGUUUACCAGCGAAUACACCACGAGGAAUCUGAGAUGGAGACAGAAGAGGAGGUUGACAUUUUGAUGAGCAGUGAUAUUUACUCUGCCACCUUAUCCACCAAAUCCAUCACGUUCACACGGGCCCAGACCGGGUGGCUCUUCAGGGAGGACAAAACUGAAAGAGUAGGAAACUUCCUGGCAGAUUUCUACUUGGUGAAUGGACUUGUGUUGGAAUCCAGGAAAAGAAGGGAACAUCUCAGUGAGGAGGACAUCCUUCGGAAUAAAGCGAUCAUGGAGAGCCUGAGCAAAGGGGGAAACCUCAUGGAGCAGAAUUUUGAGCCCGUGCGCCGGCAGUCGCUGACGCCGCCGUCCCCCAACACCAUCUCCUGGGAGGAAUACAUCUCUGCAGAGAGUGGCAAAGCUCCUCACCUGGGCAGGGAGCUGGUCUGCAAGGAGAGCAAGAAAACCUUCAAAGCCACGAUAGCAAUGAGCCAGGAAUUCCCCUUAGGAAUCGAAUCGUUGUUGAAUGUCUUAGAAGUCAUUGCACCCUUCAAGCACUUUAACAAACUUAGAGAAUUUGUUCAAAUGAAGCUUCCACCAGGCUUUCCUGUCAAAUUAGACAUCCCGGUGUUCCCCACCAUCACGGCCACUGUGACGUUCCAGGAGUUCCGUUACGACGAGUUCGAUGACUCCAUCUUCACCAUUCCCGACGACUACAAGGAGGAUCCCAGCCGCUUCCCGGACCUCUAAGGGGGCUGGAAGGUUCCUGGGGAGCGUCCACAGCGGAUCCCAGGCCGGGGGAAUGGCUCCCAGAGCGGAGCAGAGCCGUGGGGCGCGGGAAGGGAAGAACUCGGUGAGCCAAGGGAAGAGCAGCAGUGCGGAUGUGCUGGCACCGCACUGGGCAUCCAGCCCCUCCAGCUCCCGCUUCCCAGAGCCUCCUGCUGCCAUUCCCUUUGGCACAGCCAGUCCUGGCCCGGGAGCUGCCACCCCCAGCUGGGAAGAGCUGCUGGUUUUUAAAUUUUUUUAUGCUUGUGGUGAUCCACGAGGCGCUGCUGGACCUUGGCACCGAGCUGGGCCCGGGGCUGGGGGUGAACCCCCGUCCUUCCCGUGCUCCCUGUUCCCUGAGCUCACAGCUCAGCCACGGAAUGUUGGAAGGUAUCCCCAAGGAAUGCCUUGGCUGUAGAUGAAUGAACCAAAUGGGCACCACUGACACUUGGAUUUCCUCCUGCACCCCAGGGCAGAGCCAGCUGUGCUCUGCAGGGAGCGAGGCACCUCCUCAGCACCGGCCCAGCCCGGUGCUGUCCCUGCCUGAUCCCUCAUUCCCACUUCCCUCCCUGCUCUCUGCUCCCUCCCUGGCUCCCUGUGCUUUUGGGGAGCCCUCCAGGGCUGCCUGGCCAGGAAUGUCACUUGUUAGUCCUUUAUCUGACCCUCACCUGGGAGAGGUGUCCCAGAAAGGCUGAGCACCACCAGGUCAGUCUGUGUGUGCCCUCAGCAGCCUGGAAAAGCGGGAUGCACUGAAGAGGCACUGGGAAAAGCUCAGGCUUUACCCUUCCUGCACUCGGGGCCAUCGUGGUGCUCACGGGCAGCUUUCACUGGGCUGUUUCCACAUUCAUUUCCUGCCUCUUCGUGGUUCAAUCACAGAGAAUCCCAGACUGGUUUGGGGUGGGGGGGACCUUAAAGCUCAUCUUGUCCAUCUCCAUGGAUGUUUCAGUACUCCAGCUCCUCGAGCUUAUUCCCAUUCCCAGUUGUUCCAGUCUCAUCUAACAAUAGUCCACCUUUUUGGGGUUUGUUAGGCAAGAUUUGUGCAGAAGGCUGAUGGUGCUAUUUGUUUGUAUGAAGAAAUUUAGAUUCAAGUGCUGUGGUGUCAUUGUACAAAAAUGUAAAUAUUUUCCAAAUUAUAUUCUUUGUGCACUGUAGGUAAAACUUUUUCUGGAAUUCCAUAGAGUUAAGGAUCAAAGUUUAUAAUGAAGAGGAUCAUUGAUGCUCAGUGGAGGGAACAGCUGUGCUGAGCACAAGGGACAAGGGAGGGGCUCAGCACAGGGCAAGGUGUCAGGCACACCUGAGAGCAGGGGAUUCCAAACUGCUGGAAUCUCUGAUCCAUCCCAAAGAGGCUGCUCUGGGGAAGGACAUGGAGGAGCCCCAGGGAGUCACUGUCAGCAAAGUCCAGGAGCACUGGAGUGGGAGGCUGGGGUUGGUCCUUUCCAGCACCUCUGUGACCCUGGGGAACAGGGGAUGCCAGGGACAGGGGAUGCCAGGGACAGGGGAGCAGUGCAGCUUUGCUGUUAAUUCAGACUCAAAUCUAAAAUACCACUUUAGGGAAAACAAGCAAAGGGAAGUGACUCCUGCAGUACCAUCUCAGGGCAGGUGUGGAGCAUCCUCUGGGAAUGAUGGAACUUGUUCUCCCGAGUAAUGAUGAAUUCCUGAUGUGUUUCACACCUCUGGGAUGAGCUGGCACCGUCUGUGCUGCUCCUGGGAUCCUCUGGGACAGGCUGGGAAUGUUUGUGGGGCUGAGCUGGAGUUUGGAUCGGUGCCCGUGGGGCAGCACAGGGCUCUGUCCCCUCCCAGGGGUCCCUGUCCCCUCCCAGGGGUCCCUUCAGGGUGUUUUGUGUAGCUGCAGGACCUGUGCCAGGGGUGGAGCUGAAGCUGAUGCUGUACAGGGCACCCCAUUCCUUGGGAAUUCCAGUGAAGGCGAGAGGUUCCUCCCCAAGGGGAAUGUCAGAACUCCCUUUCCUCAGUGGUACUGGGAGCAUCCAUGGAUUUGUGUUUCUUUGCAUUUUUGGUUCUCCCAAAUUCAUCCUUGGCUCCAUGGAAGCAGCCACUGCUGGAUCCCAGGGUGGAUCCUGGGCUUGGAACUGGAAAACAAAAAGGGUUUCAGGUGGCUUCCCGUGGGCUUGAGGCUCCUGUGGCUCCAUCCAUCCGUGGGAGUCUGCCCAAAGCCCAGGGCAGGUCCUGGAAGUGCUUCCUGUGGUUCCUGUGGCCUCUGGCUGCAGAUCUGGGGGGUUUUAAUCCCCCAGGACCCGGCUGCUCCCUGGGACAUUUGCAGGGUCAGUGGGAAGGGUUGCAGGAAGCUUCUCCUGAGGUUUGUUCUGCCUUGGGAUGCAGGCACAGCUUUGGAACUGUCCUUGUUCUGCUUUAUCCCAGGAAAGCCCGGCUGCUCCUGCUCUCCCUGUGGAGCUGAGGGAUGGGAAUUCCCUGGAUUGUUCCCCAGCUGCCAGGGUGGCCCCGAGGGCUCCCAGAGCUGCUCUCAGUACUUUUCCCCCUCCUGGGAUGUGGUUCCUGUUUGCACAUUCCGGGUGAGGAGUUCUCACAUGCAGGGACAUCCAUUCCCGAUGGAUGCAGCGCAGGAAUUGGCAGUCACAGGGACACUGGGCUGAGCUGUGGAUCCCGAGGGGCUGCCCACGUUGAGAUCCGUGUUGAUAUCCAUGUUUUCUCCACUAAAGCCUGUUCUUAUCACUGGGUUGUGUUGCAUGGACACGGGGAGGGUUUGUGUCUCCUGGGUGGGGCACAAGGUCCCUCCCCUCUCCCGUGGCUCUGGGAAAUUCCUUUUCCAAGCAGGAUCGAUCUAGCAGAGCCUCACUUGGGCUCUUCCCACUUUCCUGAAGGCCAGGCCGGGUGUUACAGGAGGGUUUGGUCCCUGGGAGUGAGCACGGAUCCGUGGAUCGUGUCCGUGCAGCAGCUCCAGCUCAUCCCCGUGGCCUGGGAAUGUCGGGGGGAGCAGGAGCAGCCUCCUGGACACCCCAGCUGGGGUCAGGGAGCUGGAUCAGCCUGGUGGGAAUCACAUCCCGCUGCUCCUGGGGGCUCGGGGCUCCCCUCCCACCACUUCUUUCAUCCCGAGGAUUUUAUGGCUCUUAAAGCCAGCCAGGAAUUUUGCUCAACCCAAUUCCGACCUCACUGCGGAAGGAUCCCGCGGGUUGUUUCUGAACCAAACUGGUCCUCUGGUCUUCCAAGCUCCUGCUGUGUCCCGUGGCAAAGGGAACUCCCUGGUUCUCCUCUCCUGGAGCUGCUGUCCAGCCACUGCACUCCCACCACUGCAAUUCCCCGUUGUCCCCCCGAUGUGUUUGUGCUGGAAUCCCACCCAACUCCGUCGAUAUUCCCAGCCACCCUCUGUUAUUUUACUGUCUCUGCUCCUGAGUUGUAAUUCCUGCCAGGAGAACUGCAUUAUUUAAUCUGGAUUAACCAAUUCCUGUAAUGCUGCAGUUUCACUUUUCUUUUCCUGACAAUUUGUUAACUCCCAUGGAAAACGAGUCACGUCUCUUGCGUUUUCCUGUCGUCUGCUCCCUGUUUUUCUCUUCCCUUCACUCAUAGUCACUUUGGGUUGUAUCAUUUGUUAGAAUAAAGACCAAACUAUGCUGUUGGAUUUGGAAGCUGCUCCACCUGUGCAAUCCAGGCUUCCCUGUCCUGUCCUGGCGCUCCCCAGGCCUCGGCUGGGCUGUGGGAGUGGGAUGGGAGGGAGGGAAUGAGCUCCUGCUGCUGCGUUCUGCAAGGGCAUUUUCUUGGUCAUUUUUAAAAUAAAAUCCUGCAUUUUCAUUACA